UCAGCAAAAAGGAGUGGAAGAGUUUCAGGAGAGCGAUAAAACUCACCCAAAAGGGAGGGACAUGUGACGCACCACAAUCUCACAGGCAACACUUCAGCUCUGAAAGACAAAGCAGGAUUGCAGGUGAGUGUCAUUGUGUUCUUUUUACAGGCAGCUAAGCACCUCUGCUUCCCAAUUCUUCAAGUUAUGGAGGUGAAGCUGCUGGUGUUACUAUAAAAUGUGGAUACGUUUUUUUACAUGAAGAGAAACAGGGGAGACUGUUGGAAAGAAAAAGCUAUCUGAUGCCCUCUGGACGGAUUGUAAAAUCUACUCUAGAUUUUUAUCUCACAAGACUUCAGUGAAGACAUCAAUACUGGAUAACUGAUAUACUCUGGACUUUUAUUGACAGCCUGGACAUAGCAGAACCUUCUGUGAAGGGGAUGAAUGGAAGUUGGAUUACCUUUUCUCUACAGAUAUACAAUACACAGAAAUAACAGCAAAGGUAUAAUCUGAAAUCAUGUCAGACUUCCAGGAAAAAAGUUUGAAUGAGAAUGUGGUUUUCCAGCCACUGGAUGAAACCUGUCCACAGUUUCUUUACUCGGAGAGGGAGCGUGAGGCAGUGGAGAGACUCCUCAGUGGUGGGCCGGAGGCCUUUUACAGCUCCAUUGGCCCAGAGCUCUCAAGCUGCUUCCUAUCCCCCGAGGAGGUGAGUCAGAUGAGCAGCUCUGUUCAAAGCUAUCGCUCCAAUGAGCCGCAAGUGAAAGACCAGCAUGGAUUUGAGACAAGCUUUGAUUCUGAGAACUUCUGUUCCACCUACGACCCCACUAUGCCGGACAUGCCGGUCCCAAACCUGGAGCUCGGCUGGCCGCAGAAACCCACCUGGGUCCUCAACAACAGCGUCAAAGUCUACUCAAGUUCUCCUGCUGAGGGACAACUGCAAGUCAGAGAGGUUAUCAGGCAAAUCCUACAAACAGCCAGAACUGUAAUUGCUAUUGUGACAGACCAAUUGACAGACAACACGAUUAUCUUUGAUUUGCACACCGCUGCGUCCCGAGGUGUGCCCGUCUACAUCAUCUUGAACCAAAGAUCCCUGCAGGGGAACUUCACCCUGAACAGGCUGAGGCAUCCAAACAUAAAGACUCGUAUUCUUGGAGGGAAAACCUUUUGUUCGAGGACUGGAAGGAUGGUGGUUGGGGAUGUGAAAUCCAAUUUCAUCCUGGUGGAUUUAGAGACAGUGAUUCAUGGCAGCUACAGCCUCACAUGGAGUGACGUCCAUCUGCACCGGCAACUCAUCACAGUCCUGAGAGGACAGAUUAUCGACUCGUUUGACCAAGAGUUCAGGAUCCUGUUUGCUGAAUCCUUACCAGUGCCUGACACUUGGAUAGUCCCUGCUGCAACCCAUGCAUGCAUGCCUCACCAGGCCACUGACUCCUCACAGCUGCAGCUCCUAAAAGAUCUUUCUGCUGAGUCUGAACUAAGUAACCCUCCAUCUCCACCUCCUGAUGUCCUCCUGGACUGGGAAGCAAUGGGUGUUGUUCACAAAGACAGCGGCCAUUCUGCUUCUCUUCUAAAUGAACAAAAUGGAAAUAUUGCAGAGAAAAUGUUACACCUGGAAAUAAAUGAGGCAAAACCCGCUAAGGAGAGAUUACCUUGCAAUGAACACCUUGAGGAAAGAAAAAGCAAUGCACAAGUAACCUCAGAGCCAACACGCCUACCAGUUUCAGAUGGAAUAAAAAGGCCGGAGCAUACAAAAGAAAGGAGCAUAUCCAGGGAACGCUCUCUAGAGAAACAGCCAAACCAACAUGAGAGGGCUGUAACUAGAAUUGAUGUUCCACCAGAUCCAAUCAAUUCAUAUCCUUAUAAGAGAAGAACACCGACUAGGAUGGAGUCCUUUUCAGAAGAGGACAAGAACACAGACAAUCAUAGCUCCAGUACAAACACAGACUCUACCAGAGAGAAGAAGCCUUUAAUCGUAAGAGUGCCGCACAAUGGGAACUUUAGCUCUUUGAGUGAUAUCAUGAGAAGACUCAAGCGGGGAACACCAGGGGUUCACAAGAGAGGGAUGAACUCCACCAUGUCAGACCAGACCCAGUCCAUGUGGGACCUGAGCACCCAAAGUGACAGAGAGGUCCCAGUUCCUCGGUUUCUCACCGGUUUCAACCCAGAGCACAUGACCCCUGCUUUGGUACUGAUGAGGAAAAGGAAUGAUGAACUGAAAUCUUCAAUAAACCGACCUUCAGCUAAAUUCACGCCGGCAGAGAGACCUCGCAGCUCCACCUUAAACUCCAGCAUUUACCUGAGGAAUCUGUCAAACAGCAAAGAAUCCACAUUAUGAGUGUCACCGUUGAACCCAGCCAUUGUUGCAGCAUAUUCUGUGACUGUAUGUUAAAACAGUAGGAGGGGCUAUUAAGCUUUUAAACUGUAUUUUGGCUUUAAAGAAGAGUUCUACUCUCCAACUGUAUAAGUGAGACCGAAGAGAAAGAGGGUGGGGCAAACAAAGGGCAAUAAAAAAGUAAUAAUUUAAACAAGCCCUUUCCUAAAAUUGUGACUUCCAUAGAAAUUCUCCCUAAACUUAACUCAUACAAAAAGAGAGCACCAAGAUCAGUGUAAAUGUAUAUUAUUAUUAUUAUUAAUAUUAUUGUUAAUCUUAAAACAUAAAGCAGUUGUGUUAUGUUUACAAUUUUGUUUGCUUUUUUCACACUGGUAUAAUUGAGUAAUAUCAAAAAUAUAUGGGCAGACAAAAUGACAGGUGAUAUCACAUAUUGUGACCAUAACGUAACUUAAAUACUAACCAAACUGUUUCUCGUGAAUCAUUACCUCAAAAUAAAAAUAACCAUUGAACAAUUUAUAU